UCAUAAUGUCGCUAUGCCAAAAAUUAACACCGCAACACUAGAGUCUUAGAAACUUAAGCACGGGAGCACCUAACAUUCCAACACCUCAGCGUUGAGCCUUGCAAAGGGUAAUGUUCUUGAUGAUAAAGACAAUUAUAAUAGUCACAAUGGGAAAGAGGUUCGCAUGUUCUUAAUGAUAUAGCAAAAAUGCCGCGAAAGCCUACACUACAUGUUUCUAUGGUCCUGAAGGGGCAAAAUGGUAAACUCGCAGAGGAUUCAGCUACGCCAGGUAUGAUUGUACCAGCACAAAAAUGUUGCGGUGAUUCCUUUUGGACGUCGCCUACCAAUUCGUCAGAAUAUCGCCAUCGGUUUCGAUACUACUCUCUACUUCUUACAGUGCAAUUUUGUCCGAGCUAAUCUAUAAAUAGCCCAUCUCUCCGUUCAUUUGGUUUCUCGUAUCUUUCUACUUCCCUCCUUCCCCCAGUUUUUCUCUUUCUCUCUUGUCUCCAGUUCUUAUUAUUACGUUCUGUCCAGUCUCUAGGCUUUUAAUGCUCUAUCGAUCAGUUCUGCUUUACGGCUAAAAACUCUGAUUUUACAGACUUCUUCUCUUACCCAAUCGACAACGAAAAUGAAUCAUGAGCUCGUUUCUUCAUCCAAUGUCGAUCGUAUCGCGGCAUCCUCCGUCUCGCCAAUGCUAUUCGUACCCCCUGAUCACCGGAUACCUUCUCCUCCGUACCUGACCACUGAACGCGAUUUCACCAGGUUAUCCCCGCAGAUUUCCAACCCAAUGGUCAGCCAAUUUGCUAUAUCUCCCCCGAUCCAAUGCUCAGGCAAGACACCCAUCACACAGUCUUCUUCCCCAGUUUCAUUUGAAGAUAAAGAUCCUGUGGCCAUUGAGAACCGCCUCUACCUCUCCCAACUCGCGCUUCAAAAUCAGCAGAUCAAAGACCGCUAUGCGUUAUGCUUCUCUAAACUCCAAGACGCCAUGAACGAGGCGGAGAACAUUAGUAAGAAGAACAUCGAUCUCCGUCGUGCCAAUGACGUGCUCUGCCAGCGGUUGGGCCUCUACUUCGAGAAGCAUAAAUCCAGGAAUCCGAUGAAUAGUGACUGCCCUCCAAUGUCGCGCCUUGAUGGCAACUUUCGGCACCUCUCUUUGACAGAACCGCCGGAUGAAGCAAGCCCACCGAGCGUGUUCGGGUUCCAGGACAAUCGACACGGUAGAAAAUUUCCUGCAGUCGAUGAAAAAUCACUCACGCUGCCAAAGUGUAUCUCGAUCCGUUCCACCAGGCAUCUUAAGAUUCACCAGAUGGGAGGUACCAGCUCCGAAUCCAACCGCAACAUCAGACACCGUCCCACCACCCCUAUGAUGAAACAGAAAGUGUGUUUGGGAGGGGCCGAGAACAAAGAUGGGGGAGAAGCAGAGGAUGCCGUGGAACUCGACGUGUGUAACCUGAGAUUGUUCAAGUCUAAGCUGUGUAAAAACUGGCAGAAAAACGGUGAAUGUCCGUACGGCCAGCAAUGCCAUUUCACACAUGGAAUCGGGGAACUGCGCCCAGUCAUCCGCCACCCGCGCUACAAGACCGAGCUCUGCCGCAUGAUCCUGGCCGGAGACACCUGUCCCUACGGCCACCGCUGCCACUUCCGCCACUCCAUCUAUAACGACAAAAAUGAAAAGCCAAAUUUCAAAUAAAUGUUUCUCUUGCCAUAACAGAACCUAUAGUCACCGUUCCGGAUUAGUAUAUACAUAUAUAGGGGGAGAGAGAGAGAGAGAGAGAGAGAGAGAGAGAGAGAGAGAGAGAGAGAAAGGGUUAUCUAGGAUUUAUCUGUAAUUUUAGAUGCAUAUCUUGGUAUAUGGUUAGUUAGUAAGUAAUAAUGAUGAAGAUGCAUUGUUUGAUGCAGCUGAGGAAGGGUUGGGUAAGUGAUGUCUUUCCUGGAUUCUAUUUUCCUUUCUUCGCUUGAUCAGACUUCAUUUUUGAGACUUAUUCCGAAGUUCCUCGAAGACAUUUUAGUUGAUUUGUUCUGUUAUUUGUUUACUUACA